AUGGAAAUGGUACCACGGAAGAACCAAUCUAGAGCUAUGCGCCACAUGUUUUCGGCAUCAGAUGAUACGAUUAUGACAAAACAAAUCCGCGCCACUCAUGCUCCAAUUGAAGAACAUGUUGAUGUUAGACCUCUACUUAAUGUUGUUCAAGACAUUUUUCGCCAUGCAGCUUCUCUCAUCCCUGACAUCGUUCAGGGAAAGCAGGUGCAAAUGGGUGUCAUUAAGGAUGAUGCCAACGAGUCUGACUUAUCUGACGUGCUAGAGAUUUCAUAUCACGCAAUUAACAAAAUUUCAUGCGAGAUAUCUUGCAAGUGUAUGAUGGGUGGGGGAGAUGCUCAUGCCACAGCCAUAGGAAUACUUGGAAUGCUAUCAAGCUAUUCAUGGGAUGCCAAACUGGUGAUAGCAUUAGCAGCAUUUGCAGCCAACCUAGGGGAAUUCUGGCUUGUAGCUCAGCUUUAUGCCACCAACCGUCUUGCUAAAUCGGUUGCAUUGUUGAAGCACAUUCAUGAAACACUAAAUCAAGUUGAUGAUUUAGGACCUAAAUUUGAAGCUGUGCACCAUCUUCUCAAGGCCAUGUUGGAUGUUACUGAUUGCAUUGUUGAGUUUCAUGAGCUUCCUGAUCAGUACAUUGACCAUGAAGCACCUGAAACGUUGACUGCUUCCACUCUUAUUCCUAGUGCUGUUUAUUGGAUUAUUAGGAGUAUUGUGGCAUGUGCAUCCCAUAUUUUCGGCAUCAUUGGCUUGGGUCAAGGAUACAUGACAUCAACAACAGAGACAUGGGAGCUUUCCAGUUUGACUCAGAAGCUAGACAGCAUGAAUGGUCACCUUCAAAAUCAGCUCGCUAUCUGUCGUCAACAUUUAGAUGACAACAAACAGAAAGAAGCAUUUCAAACACUUCAGCACCUUUUUGAGACAUCUCACCAGGAUAACAUUAAGGUUCUAAAAGCUUUGAUUCGCUGCAAGGAUGAUCCGUUGCCAUUGUCUGAUGGUUCUACCAAGCAAAGGGUUAGCAUUGAGGUGUUGAGAAAGAAAAUUGUGUUGCUCUACAUAACAGACCUCCACCAUAUAUCUGAUCAAGAGGUUGUGAUUUUUGAACAAAUGUAUCAAGAAUCGCGCCAAGAUUCAACAAGGUUAGAAAGCCAAUAUGAACUUGUUUGGAUUCCGAUUGUGGAAAAGGGAGCCCCGUGGACCGAAACAAAACAGAAAUUUGAGAGACUGCAAUCAAUGAUGCCAUGGUACUCAGUUUAUGACCCUUCACUUCUGGAGCCGGCAAGUAUCAGGUACAUUAAGGAGGUGUGGCUUUUCAACACAAAGCCUAUGCUUGUGGUGUUGGAUCCACAGGGGAAGGUUGUGAACCUGAAUGCAGUACACAUGAUGUGGAUUUGGGGAAGCAUGGCUUAUCCUUUCUCUAGCUUAAGGGAGGAAGCUCUUUGGAAAGAUGAAACAUGGGGACUUGCACUAUUGGCAGAUACAAUUGAUCCAUUACUCUUUGAUUGGGUAACGGCAGGCAAAUACAUAUGCUUGUAUGGAGGGGAUGAUAUGGAAUGGAUCAGGAAAUUCACAAGUGCUGCAAAAUCAAUGGCAAGAACUCUACAAAUUCCACUGGAAAUGAUGUAUGUAGGGAAAAGCAACCCAGGACAGAAAGUGAAAAGAAUCAACAAAACCAUAUAUGAUGAAAAUCUGAGCAACGUACUCACUGACCCAACAAUAAUUUGGUUCUUCUGGGUCAGGCUAGAAAGCAUGUGGCAUUCCAAAUUACAACAAAGCAAGACAGUGGAAAAUGACCAAAUAAUGCUAGAAAUAAUGAGAAUCCUAAGCUUUGAUAGCAGUGAUCUUGGUUGGGCUGUACUAAGUCAAGGAACAGUAAGAAUGACACAGGGCAAAGGUGACUCAUUUUUAAAGUGCCUUGAUGAGUUGGAUGAGUGGAAGGGUGAUGUGAAUGAUAAAGGAGUUUUGACUGCAAUGGACGAUUAUAUACAAGGAAUCCAACAACCACAUCAUUGUAAUAGAUUAAUACUUCCAGGAGUUGAUGGAACAAUUCCAGACAAGAUUGUAUGUGCUGAGUGUGGCCAACCAAUGGAAAAAUUCUACAUGUAUCGAUGCUGCAACGAGUGAACCAAUACUAUAGCACGAAGAUAUCGCCUCUCUUAACAAGAAACACCUUAACAAGUUCAACAAAUAAAAAAUAAGAUAAAUAGAUUGUAAAGACCGUGAUGCUGGCUCUUUUUUAUUCAUAAUUAUUUACACUAACUAGCUAGAAUAAAUUUAUUUGAGAAGUGAUGUCUAUAUUGUUUAUAUAUGGAUUGUAAUGUAAUGUAACAAAUAAUGAGAUUGUAUUUUGAUGUUCAAAUAAUACAUACCUUAAUUAAAACUAC